AUGUCUCGGUCACCAGGAAGAAAGCAGGAGAACCACAAAAUAAGCAGAGAACUUUUUGUACUCACAUAUGGAGCUUUGGUAGCCCAGCUGUGCAAGGACUAUGAAAAAGAUGAAGAUGUCAAUGACUGUUUAGAUAGAAUGGGAUACAGCAUUGGCGUAAGGCUGAUUGAUGACUUUUUGGCUCGUUCAGCUGUGAAAAAGUGCCGUAGUUACUCUGAAACUGCAGACAUGAUUGCACAGGUUGCUUUCAAGAUGUACCUUGGAGUCACCCCUAGUGUGAGCUGCAAUAGUGCCACAGGGAAUGAAUUCUCCUUAAUACUGGACAAAAACCCACUAGUGGACUUUGUGGAGGAGCUGCCAGCAGAACGAGCGUCACUUUGCUAUUGUAACCUCCUUUGUGGGGUGAUUCGAGGUGCCUUGGAAAUGGUUCACUUAGCAGCAGAAGUUUCCUUCCUGCAGGACAGGCUGAAGGGUGAUGCUGUGACAGAAAUAGGAAUUACAUUUUUAAGGAAGCCUGAAGACAAAAAGCACAGAAGGAACAAAUGAAAGAAAU